UCUGCUCCGCGCUCUGCGGCGCUCCCACCCCGAAAAUCUCAACCUCCUCGCUCACCUCCCCCGGCUCCCGGUCUCCCCCACCCCCUUCCCUUACCACCUCUCCGCCCGGUGAAUGCACCAGCGCCGAAAACAUGACGGGCAUCGCCGCCGCUUCUUUCUUCUCCAAUUCCUGCAGGUUCGGGGGCUGCGGUCUCCAGUUCGAGACUCUCGCCGAGCUCAUCGUCCACAUCGAGGACAAUCACAUCGACACAGAUCCACGGGUCCUGGAGAAGCAGGAGCAACAGCAGCCCACUUAUCUGGCCCUAAGCUACAUCAACAGGUUCAUGACGGAUGCAGCGCGCCGGGAGCAGGAGACCAUGAAGAAGAAGGCCGCGCCCAAACUGUCCCUGACCCUCACUGGCGGAGUGUCCAGGAAUAGCACGGCCACGCCUCCUCGACACACCAGCGGUAACCUGACGCCUCCCGUCACGCCCCCCAUCACUCCCUCCUCCUCCUUCCGCAGUAGCACACCGACAGGUACGACAGGCAGCGAGUAUGACGAGGAGGAGGUAGACUACGAGGAGUCGGACAGCGAUGAGUCGUGGACCACAGAAAGCGCCAUCAGCUCCGAGUCCAUCCUCAGCUCCAUGUGCAUGAACGGGGGGGACGAGAAGCCGUUCGCCUGCCCCGUCCCCGGCUGCAAGAAGAGAUACAAGAAUGUGAACGGCAUCAAGUACCACGCCAAGAAUGGUCACCGCACGCAGAUCCGUGUGAGGAAACCCUUUAAGUGUCGCUGCGGCAAGAGCUACAAGACCUCGCAAGGCCUGAGACACCACACCAUCAACUUCCACCCGCCCGUCUCCACCGAGAUCCUGCGCAAGAUUCAAGGCUAGAGCCCGAGCUCGCAGCGACCUCUGCCCCAAACACAGCCCUGUCCCGACUGACCCCCACCCCGCCACACUAAAGGAUCACGUGUGCGCUUUAAUUUCCUUUUUUCAUCUUUGUGUUUGUAUGUUUUACAUACUAUAUUUUCUACCCAUGUUAUAUCAAUUGUAUUUUGAGGAAACAAUGUAUCUUUGUAGUAUUUUUAUUGUUGUACAUUUGCACAUUCGUAUAUGCUAUCACGUUAUUUUUGUUCUCUAUUAUGUUUGACUUACAUAAGGUGCUAAAUGUAAAAAACAGAAAGAAAAAACAGAAAAACAAACUAUAUGAAAGGAGAUUGGGGAACGUAAAAGAUGUGAAACAGGAAGUGCCGCCGAGCCCCGCCCCUUUGCCGACUCGUCUUCGAGUGGGAUGAAGUUGACAUUAGUGCUGACCUGAGUUCAGUGGUUGUUUCGCUCCCUUUUCGUUGGAUGCAGAGUUCACUGAACUCAGAUCUGUGCCUCCGCAGUGACUUCUGAGGGUUUCAGUGCGAGAGUUAACUUAUACUUUAAAUAGAUAUAUUGAUAUAUAAACAAUAGACAGAUACGUAUGUGUACAUACAAAAUAUAUACAAGUAUUCAUGCGCAUAUACAUAAAUAGUUACACUUUAUUUUCAAGCUUUAUUUUAUAUAUUUUUGUCAGUGUUUUCAUUCUCUUCAGUGUCAAUAAGAGUUACUUUCACUCGGCUCAAGCAGCCGGCGGCCUUUAGGCCUGGAGAGUUCUCUCUCAGCGCACCGCCACGCAGAGCCGGAAGGCCUUGAGGUUUGAAACGCUGACCUGUGUGCGAUGUUUGACUGUUGGUCAGGAAGGAACCCACGAGAACACGAUCCACAUCUUGAACAUGUCGCCCCCACGGAAAGCCCUCCAUGUAUUUCAUAUCUCCAGUGUUUCCUCAUUCCGAGUGCCAGAGCUGCGUUCAAGGGACUUCGCCGGAGAAGCCGGUUAAGCAUCAUUCUGUAUUCCAGCUGCCAAGAUCGUUGUUGUUUUGUUUUCUUCUUCCAUAAUGUUGCCAACGGCUCUCCACUGCCAAACACUGACCAUACCAUG